UCUAGAGGACUUUUGACGUCAAACUAAAGCACGCAGACGCGCGAAGUUCAAAGGGAUCAGACACACUGAAAAAUGACGACAAGUUUAGACGAUCUUUUUAAUCAGAUUAUUCAUUCAGAGCUUCAUGCACAACAAAAGAAGAAGUACCAUCAUGACUUAAAAUGUAGGAUCCAGUCGACUUUAGCCAGAAAAGAUGGAUUACAGAAAAAACACAAAGAGUUACAAAGAGAACUGAUAUGUAAAACAAAUUUGUUAAUCCAAGAAGAGGUGAAUUUGAAGUGUUUAGAUCACAGGGAACAAAUCCUACGUGACGAAAAGGCCGCUUUAGAGACGGAAAAACAACGUGUCCAGAAAUGUCUGAUAGACACGCAGCAUAGAAAGUCUGAGGCACUGGAGGGGUUUUGUCGUGGGGUUAGGGGCUUCAUACAGGGUUACGGGUUACAGAGUGGGGGUCAUCAACGUAGAAAAGAGGAGCAUCAGAAAGUAUUGGAGGAGGCUAAACAGACGGCAAUAAGCCUAAGAGCAGAGUUGGAUGUCAUGAAAGAAAGACAUAGAAGUUUGGAAGAGAUGGAAAAGCAACUCAAUAAUGAACAACAAAGACAUCAAAAUCUUCAGAAAACGAAAGAAGAUCUUGACGGUGAAUUAAAGAAAUUAAAAGACCAGACAGAUAUCCUUACAGCCAGAAAAACAGAGUUAAACAUGGUGCCUCAUACCGAUCCAGAAUUUUUAAGUUUGAGUAAGGACCUAGAAAUUGCCAAUGGAGAACGUCUAGAGGAGAAGUGUAUGGCUUUACAGCAGGAACUUCAGCGUCUGCAACAGAUUUUGUGGCAGAAGCAGGUCAGAGAGCGAAAACGAUUGGUGGCAUCAUCCCAGCAACAUCCGCAACAACGAUCUGUGGCGGCAUCUCAGCAACAACCACCCAAAGAAAAGCUGAUUAGAACAGAACUUGAGACAAAUAGCAACAGAAUGACGGUGUCUAACUUCAGUACUGGAGAGGAUAUCCCGAAAUAGAACCGGUGUAGGAAGGUAUUAUAGAGCCGGCGCAGGAAAGGAUUGCCCUGAUAUAGAACAGACAGAGGAAAAAGAAAACAGACUCAAGAGAGGAUAUCCUCAAACAGAGACACGAUGGAAUUUUAAUUUAAUGCGGUGAUAAUUUAGUGUCUAUGUUACAGGGAAAUUUGAUUGGACUGUCUGAUAUAUUAGAUUUAUAAUUAAAAAAAAAUUGAUCAUCUGCCGAGUGUAAGAGAAUGGAUAUUGAAUGAGAGGAAAUGCCAAGUCUGACUAUUUUUACAUGAAUUGUUUAAUUCUGUAGUAACUGAGAUGACUUUUCUGAAACUAUCAUUUACAAGUUAUUAAAGGUUUUCUUUU